AUGGAACAACCAAAAGGUUUCAUUAAUGCUCGGUUUCCAAAUCAUGUAUGUAAAUUAAACAAGGCAAUCUAUGGUCUCAAACAAGCACCCAGGGCCUGGUUUCAUCGCUUAAGUACGUUUCUUUUGAACAAUGGGUUCCCUUACAGCCGUGCGGAUCCAUCAUUGUUCAUAUUCAAACGUGACUCUCGCAUCAUGUAUCUACUGGUCUAUGUUGAGGACCUGAUCUUAACCGGAAAUCAACAAUCCACACUUCAAUCCUUCAUCUACUGCCUAAAUCAGGAAUUUGCUAUUAAAGAUCUUGGAAAGCUCAACUAUUUCCUAGGCCUGGAGGUUACCCACACUCAAAAAGGUCUUUUCUUAAAUCAAUCUAAGUAUGCUUUGGAUAUUCUCACUCAUGCAAAGAUGUUGGAAGCCAAACCCGCUCCAACACCUUUAAGCACCAAUGUUUCGUUUGUGUCUGCAGGUGAUCCUUACCCAAAUAUCACUCAUUAUCGGUCCAUUGUCGGUGCUCUGCAAUACUUGACUAUCACUAGACCGGACAUCUCGUAUGCAGUCAAUCAAGUUAGUCAAUUUCUUCAAUCUCCUACAGUGGCACACUUUCAGGAAGUCAAAAGGAUAUUACGGUACAUCAAAGGCACCAUUGCGUAUGGCAUCCACUAUAGUUCUCCUACGCACACUUCUUUGUUGGGAUACUCUGAUGCAGACCGGGCGCGAUGUCUCGACACCCGUCGUUCUACCUAUGGCUACUCAAUUUUUCUUGGAGGCAAUCUAAUCUCGUGGAGUGCUAAGAAGCAACCAACCGUUGCUCGAUCUAGUUGUGAGUCUGACUCUCGUGCUAUGGCUAGCACUGCUGCUGAGAUAGUGUCGAUAACUCAUCUGCUUCAAGAACUUCAUGCAUUACCUCCGGCUCGCCGACCAUUCUUUGUGACAACCAGAGUGCCAUUUUCCUCACUCAAAAUCCAGUAG